AAAAAAACGAAGAUCGAAGUAACUUAGACCGUUGAAGACCUCAGUAAGAUUAGGGUUUUUUGUCGUUUCAACUUCGAGUGCCGCUUGUAUAAAUCGAACUACCUCUUUCAGUUUCGUCAACUACCUCUUUCAGUUUCGUCGUAGACAAAGAAGUCGUCAGAGAGUGCCUUUCAAUGGAGCAGAGCAUGUGCCGUUUAUUCGUAGCAGUGAUCUUACUACUUAUCGUAUUUGCUCACCAAAUCGGUAGAUCAGAUGGCUCGGUUUCAUCUUCAGGAGGGAGCGACCUUGACUACUCGAAGCUAUCGGGAAUCAUCAUCCCGGGCUUUGCCUCGACUCAGCUGAGGGCGUGGUCAGUGCUUGACUGCCCCUACUCUCCGCUUGACUUCAACCCUCUAGACUUGGUCUGGCUAGACACCACCAAGCUUCUUUCUGCUGUGAACUGUUGGCUUAAAUGCAUGUUGUUGGAUUCUUAUAAUCAAACUGAUCAUCCUGAGUGCAAAUCGAGGCCUGAUAGUGGCCUAUCAGCUAUAACAGAGCUGGAUCCUGGUUAUAUAACAGGUCCUCUUUCGUCUGUAUGGAAGGAAUGGCUUAAAUGGUGUAUUGAAUUUGGUAUCGAGGCAAAUGCAAUUGUUGCUGUUCCAUAUGACUGGAGGCUAUCAGCAUCAAUGCUAGAGGAGCGAGACCUCUACUUUCACAAACUAAAAUUAAUUUUCGAAACAGUGCUAAAACUUCGUGGUGGACCCUCUUUAGUUUUUGCACAUUCACUUGGAAAUAAUGUUUUUCGCUACUUCUUGGAGUGGUUGAAACUAGAAAUUGCACCGAAGCAUUAUAUCCGAUGGCUUGAUGAACACAUACAUGCAUAUUUUGCAGUUGGUGCACCUCUUCUUGGUGCUACAGAAACCGUGAAAGCUACUUUAUCUGGAUUCACAUCUGGCCUUCCAAUUGCUGAGGGAACUGCUAGGUUGUUGUACAAUUCCUUUGGUUCUUCCUUGUGGUUAAUGCCAUUUUCAAAAAACUGCAAAGCGGAUAAUGUAUAUUGGAAACAUUUCUUUGAUGGAAAGGGGGAUCACCUGCAUACACAUCAUUGUGAUGAUGUUGAAUUUCAAUCAAACUACUCUAGUUGGCCCACAGAUAUUAUAAAUAUUGAGGUUCCUUCCAUUAGAGGUAGUGAUGCCUAUCCGCCAAUGUCUGAAGUUUCCCAGGAUUUAACCUUAAACAUUGAAUGUGGAAAGCCCAUUCAGCUAGCCUUUUCUGCUAGGGAAGUUUCUGAUGGUACCUUCUUCAAAGCAAUAGAAGAUUUUGACCAAGACAGUGAAAGGCUCUUGCAUCUUCUCAGAAAGUAUUACCAAGGUGAUCCAGUGUUAAAUCCCCUGACACCUUGGGAGAGGCCUCCACUAAAGAACAUAUUCUGCAUAUAUGGGAUUGAUAUGAAGACUGAGGUCGGAUACUAUUUUGCUCCUAGUGGUAAACCCUAUCCUGAUAAUUGGAUUGAAACCGAUGUUGUUUAUGAACAUGAAGGAACACUAUUUUCAAGGUCUGGUAAUUCCGUUAAUGGAAAUCCCGGAGUUUCAAGUGGUGAUGAAACAGUACCCUAUAACUCCCUCUCUUGGUGCAAGACAUGGCUGGGAUCUAAAGUGAACAUAACUAGGGCUCCGCAGUUGGAGCAUGAUGGAUCUGAUUUGCAAGUAAAACUUGAUGUGGAUCAUAUUCAUGGCGAAGAUAUAAUUCCAAACAUGUCAAGAAGCCCUCGGGUAAAAUAUAUUACGUACUAUGAGGACUCUGAAAGUAUUCCAGGAAGGAGAACAGCAGUUUGGGAAAUUGAUAAAGCAAACCACAGGAACAUUGUUAGGUCUCCAGUUUUAAUGCGUGAGUUGUGGCUUCAGAUGUGGCAUGAUAUCCAUCCUGACGCAAAAUCAAAGUUUGUUACUAAAGGUACUUUCCGAGUCACAAAAUUGCUAUCUCUGGAAUGCAAGGCCAAGCGUGGACCCUUGAGAGAUGUUGAUUGUUAUUGGGAUUAUGCAAAAGCUCGUUGCGCUUGGCCAGAAUAUUGUGAAUAUAGGUAUGUUUUUGGGGAUGUACAUCUUGGCCAGAGCUGUAGGUUGAAGAAUAAAUCAGCGGAUCUCCUCUUACAUUAUCUAUAGUGUGAGGAUAGAAGUCAGUUUCAUGAAUCUUGACAAUGGCUUCAGAGAAAGUGCUUCUUCAGGUGGAUUUACCUGAGCUAUUAUUUAAUGAAAUUAUAAUUGCAUGAAUAUGGUUUGUUUGGGACUGCUUCUUAAAGCAGUUUUUUAGUAUAAAAAAAUUAAUUUUAUAUUAGAAAAAUUGUUUUAAGAAACCGUAAGAAAGUCACCCCAAACUAAGCAUAUAUUUGAUUACCUUGUAAUGCCAAUAGGCUCAACCAACAUUCUUUUGAAACUUACUAUUUUUGCACGUCACUGGAAUAGGAAAAGGCAUUAAUUUUCUAUACUUGUAUCAUAUAAUGCAUUGUAGACGCUUUUAUUCUCAUUACAUUGUAACAUUCUUAAUGGCAUAAUGAGUAACAAUCAAAACAAAUUAUGUGUA